AUGGGUCUAUUGGAAGAUGUCGCUCGUUUAAUCCAAGAUCCUGAAUCCAAAAGUACAGAUACAUUUACGAUCGAGAAAUCACCUGCAGAAGGGGCAGGCUUGACAUGCUUUGCAACGAAGAGUCUUCCCAAUGACGAGAUCAUCCUCCAAACCCAUGAACCGGUAGCGAGUGUCAUUGUUUCGGUUUUCAGAAAGGAAGUUUGUUCCUGGUGUUAUGCCUAUGGAUUUGGAGCAAUACACAAAUUCAAACUGCAAACGCCUAAUGGACGGGGAGUGGCCUGGUUCUGUCAACCAUCUUGCCGUGAUGCUUGGAGAGAAUCGAUUGGAGACGGUGGCUGGGAAGCAAUUGUUGCUUUUGAGCAAGGACUCAAAGCGACCGGAGGAGACACACCCCGUUCUGAAAACUCUCCUUGUAGCUUGACCGAGAUUGAGGACACAUGGGAAAGGGCAUUAAAAGAGGGAAAGAAGGUCCUUACGACGAGACAGACAAAGCCGCAUUCAGUAUUGAAGACCAGCCGGAUGCCACCCGAAGUUGACCUGGACGAUGCCCGAUUCAUCCUUUCGGGUCUGAUCUCCUUCAGCAAGUCACAAGAAUCAUUAAGACAAGUCUUACGACUGAAUCCCAGCAUGAAGCCGUACACGAGCUCGAGAAACACGCUACGGGCCCACGUCGCCAUCUACCAUUACCUUCUCUCCGUCUUACCCUUGGCCUCGCCCAUCCUACCUUUGACGACACCAUCCAACAUCAUCGCACUGAUCACUCGGGACGAGGGUAAUACGUUUGGAAUAUGGGAUCAGACACUUGCGGGGCAUGAGCUCUUUGCGUACUGUCUGUAUCCCAUCGCCAGCUACUUUAAUCAUUCUUGCGAACCAAACGUCUCCAAAGAUCAGAUAGGAAGAGUGUACGAAUUUAGGGCGAAAGGAGAGAUUGCUCCUGAAGCGGAGCUGAACGUGAGCUACCUGGGUGUCGCUGGGGAUACUUUGAGCUACAGGGAGAGACAGCAAAAGUUAUUAGCGACCGAGUAUCAUUUGGGUCUCUUGAAAGCCAAGUUGGCUAAAUACAGAGCCCAGCUACUGGAGCCGACAUCGAAAUCGAGUGGUGGCGGGACUGGAUUCGAUGUGCAAAAGGCUGGAGGCCGUCAAGUCGUAUCCACCGCAAAAACGGCCGACCUGAUCAUCAUGAUGCUCGACGCCACAAAGUCGACUGAACAAAGACGGCUGCUCGAGAUCGAACUGGACGCGGUUGGAAUCCGAUUGAACAAGUCGAAGCCGGACGUGGUGUUUAAGCAGAAAGCGGCGGGUGGGCUCAAUGCUACCGUCAAAUUGACCAAGCUUGACGAAAAGACGAUCAAGACCAUUUUGGCGGGCUACAAGAUUCACAAUUGCGAUAUUACGGUGGACGAGUUGAUCGACGUUCUGAUAGGGACGAGGAAAUAUGUCCCUUGUCUGUACGUAUUCAACAAGAUUGACGCGAUCAGUUUGGAACAGAUGGACAAGUAUGCACGCGAGGAUCACUCGAUGGUCAUUAGUUGUGAAAUGGGACUCAAGUGA